AUGGGACCUGGCGCAAAGUUGAUGCCAAUUAGUCAAAUGGACGGGGAUGCCAUUAGGUUGUUAGGCUCAACAAAGGUGUGGAUAGACCACAACACCCUUUACAGGAGUGAGGAUGGUCUAAUUGAUGUAACCCUUGGCUCCACCAACAUUACCAUCUCCAACAACUGGUUCCGCGACCAUGACAAGGUCAUGCUCCUGGGCCAUGAUGAUGAUUACAAUGACGACAAGAACAUGAAGGUCAUUGUUGUCUACUACCGUUUUGGUCCCAACUUCAACCAACGCAUGCCAAGAGUUCGUCAUGGUUAUGCUCAUGUAGCUAACAACUUAUACCUAGGAUGGGAAAUUUACGCUAUAGGAGGAAGCAUGAACCCUAGCGUUAAGAGCCAGUCCAACCUCUUUGUUGCGCCAAAAAUUGGAUCUAAAGAGAUUGCAACAUCCGAAGAACAAUCCACACCAAACAAGGAUUAA